ACCGUUGAGACGAGCGAAGUUCAUUAACAUCUUGCAACACGACUUUUAUCCGCCUCUUCAUUUAACGCGGGAAAUAUAACGCGUUCGAUGUAACGUAAUGGACCUAAAAAAAAUUGCAAACUGUUGCAAAAGGCCAUCCUAAACCAGAAAUAAAACACUGAAAUUGUUUUACUUGAGUAUGACUGUACACAAGUCCAUUUGAGAAAAUUUGGUUUAAGGUGGUCCUCUUGUUGAAAAUGGAUAAAAUAUGAAAAUCACGUUCUCAAAAUUUACCUUGAGAUAUAGCAGCCUGUCAAACCUUAAACCUUUAAACUUACAUGCCUGGGUGGCCUACUGGUUUAGGUGCUCGGUAAUCUAACACUUAAACCAUACAUUCCGAGUUCAAGUCCAAUAUUUUCCCAAUCUAUUUUUUUUUUUUUUUUUUUUUUGCUUUUCAUUUUUUGGGUUGUUUUCUUGAGGGGAGGGGGGGUCAUUGUAGUUCCGUUUGUUUACACUAACAUGUUCCUGUGUGCACAGGAUUUUCAAACGUAAUAUGGCUGACGAAAAGCUAAUCAAAUACUACAAGAAAAAGGGCAAAAAUGCACAGCAUGUAAUAAGUAAAAAUAGGUCAAGGGAGGAAAAGAACUGUUAUACAGUUUGACUUCUCAAGAGUAAAUAUAAAAACUCAUGUAGCAACUGUCAUUAUGAUAAUUAGGCAAAGCUAAACACUCGAAUUAUCAACCAACGGCAAAUAAACUGAUGAAAUAUAUUAAAGGUGCUGCAGUCAUGUCAGAAAAAGACAGUCAGUUAAGUAAUGCCAUAUGUAAAAGGGUUGUGUAAUAUGAAUGCACCUAUGAAAAUAUUCUACUGUUCAUCAUUCCAAAUAGGAAAAUGGUUUAUUGAUAAAUGAAUGACUCAUAUAAAUGUCAGUAAUGAUAAACAAUUCUGUCUGUUGUUUGCUAAUUUCCAUGUCAAGAAUAUUAUUGUUUUACAUUUACGUCAAUUAGACUUGAAUUGAAUAUGAAUGUUUAUACGUACGACUUAUCUUGGUAUGUUUGUGCCGCCAUACUGUCAGGCAAAAGUUCUCGGAAACUAAACCGGUCUGAACGUUUGUAAUCCACGGUCUUUUUACCACAUUUACGCUGACAAACUGUGUAUGACUCCACACAACGGUGAACGAGCACCACGUGUAAUUGUGUGCACAUGUCACAUUGAUGGUUAAUUGUCUGUUAAAAUAAACUUUCAAACGCUGAUCUGAGAGUCCUUAUUGAGGCAGAAUAGUAAAAAGACCAUGUCUACAACAACAGAGCAGGCCGUGGCAUCAUCCAUUCCAGAUUCCACCGUGGACAUCCAGUCUGCUGAAAAGGAAUUACCACCUGAUGACAGUGAAAGGGAAGAUGUUGAACUUAGUGUUAUUCAAGGGCAAGAGGAGGACCUGGAAGAUGAACAUCAAAGCACUUAUUCACAAUCUAUUGAUUCUUGUGUGCCGACAUCAGAUAUCCUUGCAAGGAAGAGGGCUGAAGUGAGUAAAGCGAAAGCCAGGAUGUUUUAUACAGCUAAAGAAAUAACUCUCCGUAAACAGCAAAUGGAACUCGAUGCGGAACUAGAAAUGUUAAAUCUGGAAAGGCAAGCUGCAGAAGCUGAAGCAGAUUGUCAGGCAUUUGAAUCAACUAUCAGCCAUAUUUCAUCUGUACUGUGUCGACCAGAUUCGCCGGUUGACGCCAACAACCUGAAACCGAAGCACAGCUACUCUAAUCCAAAUCAUCACAUCGCUUCUAGUCAGCCUCCACCAGGUCAUAUUCCUGCUGGUUCUACACAAGCUCACAUUCCUUCCGAUUCGCCUAUCCUAAAUCCGUAUGCACAACCAUACGUACCUAACGCAUAUCCUUCAUCACCUUACGCGACUGGACAUGGAGCGCAUGUGACCGACGUCACUCGAUUCCUUCUGAGGAAGGAUCUACUGUUCUCCAGAAUCACCAAUUUCAAUGAUAGACCUGAAUCCUACAGUGCAUGGAAGCACAGUUUUGUGUGUGUAGUGAAUGAGCUUCAAGUCAUGGAUUCUGAGCAGAUGGACCUUCUAAUCAAGAACUUGGGGCCUGAAUCAAAGAAGCACGCUAUCAGCAUCAGAACAUCUAACAUCUUCAACAUUCCAAGGGGACUACAGAGACUUUGGGAACGGUUAGAUGAGCGUUAUGGUGCACCAGAGCAUGUGGAAGCAUCAAUAAGAACCAAACUUUUAGACUUUCCAAAACUUGGCAACAGAGACCAUCAGAAGCUGUAUGACCUUUCAGACAUUCUCAUGGAAAUGCAGUUUCUGAAGGAAGAUCCAAAGUACAGUGCUAUGUUAGCAUAUCUGGACUCGUCGUCUGGGAUAAGACCAAUCAUUUCCAAAUUGCCGUACGGUCUACAGGAGAAAUGGACAAAUCGAGCAGUGAAGUACAAGAAGGAACACUGUGCUAUUUUCCCCCCAUUUUCAGUGUUUGUGGACUUUAUAAAAGAUAUAAGCAAGGUGAAAAACGAACCAGGAUUCAAUUAUGAACUGGACACAAACAACAAUGAUAGGUUCGCUGCUUCAAAACAAACAAGUUCUGCCAGAAACAGAGUCAGUGUGAAAAAGACAGGUGUUGAAGUGACUGUUCCAAUAGAACAUUGUAUCAUUCACAAAACCAAACACACUCUAGACGACUGCAGAGGAUUUCGAUCCAAAUCAUUAGAGGAAAGGAAGAGACUUUUAAAGCAAAACAACAUAUGCUUCAGAUGUUGUGCGUCAAACACUCAUAAAAGUCGUGAUUGCAGUGCUAGUGUUUCGUGCAAGGAAUGUGGAAGCAAGUUUCACACUACAGCACUCCACAUCAGCAGGAACGACCAAAUAGCAGCAGUGGAUCAUUCCGCACCUCAGCAAGAUAAAGAUACAGAGGCAAAGAACCACAGUCUAUACUCAUCCUCAAAGGAGAAUGGCGGGGAGUCUAGGAACAAGAUCAAACCUGUUUCAGAGGUUAGCUCAAGCUGCACCGAGAUAUGCAGAGGACCUUACAGUGGGAAAUCAUGUGCAAAAAUAUUGCCGGUCAAUGUGUUUCAUCGUGACAAUCCAAGUAAACUGGCAAAGAUGUACGCAGUAAUCGACGAUCAGAGUAACCGCUCUUUAGCAGCACCUGAAUUUUUCGACUUCUUCACUGUGAAGGAUAAACCACAGAACUAUACUAUUUCAACAUGUUCUGGCAGAGUCGUCACUUCAGGAAGAAGAGGAAAAGGAUUUGUUAUCAGAUCAAUGGAAGGUGAUGUAGACUUUGAACUGCCAACCCUGAUUGAAUGUGAUCAUAUACCAAAUAACAGAGAUGAGAUACCUACACCUGAAGUCGCAUUCCAUCACGCACAUCUCUUAGAUAUCGCCAAGCACAUCCAACCACUAGAUGAACAGUGCCAUAUUCUUCUGUUGAUUGGACGAGAUCUGAUAGAAGCACAUCACAUCCUACAUCAAAUCUUUGGACCACCAAAAGCUCCAUACGCACAACAACUAAAAUUGGGAUGGGCUGUCAUUGGUGAAACUUGUCUUGAUACACAACAUGCCUCACAGGAUAUAAGUGUCAAGAAAACAUACCUGCUACCAACAGGUCAGCCUACAAUAUUGAAACCAUGUAGCAACAAGUUCGAGGUCCGAGAACUAGUGGAUCAAUCUAUAUGGGAUGAGUCAAAGUUAUUCAUCAGAACUAAGGACGAUGAUACAUUAGGCAUGUCGAUUGAAGACAGAAUGUUUUUGAAACAAAUGGACAGUGAAUUUCUCAGAGAUUCCACAGGAAGUUGGGUUGCCCCACUACCAUUUCGUGAGAAUAGACAGCGUUUACCAAACAACAGGGAGCAAGCGAUCCAACGUGCGAGACUACUCGAUGCGAGCCUGAGAAAGAAUGCUAUGAAAAAAGAACACUUUCUUACAUUUAUGGGAAAAUCUUGGACAAUAAUCAUGCUGAAGUUGCACCGGAAUUGUCUGAUGGAGAAGAAUGUUGGUACCUGCCAUUGUUUGGUGUUUACCACCCCAAAAAACCAGAUCAGAUUCGGGGGGUGUUUGAUUCGUCCGCCAGAUUUAAUGGAGUUUCCCUUAACGACAUUCUACUCUCAGGACCUGACUUAUCUAACAGUCUUCUUGGUGUACUCAUACGAUUUCGUAAGGAGAUGGUGGCUGUCACCGCUGAUGUGCAACACAUGUUUCACUGCUUUUUGGUUAGGGAGGAUCAUAGAAACUUUCUACGAUUUCUGUGGCAUAAGGAUAAUGACCUAGACAAAGAGAUCAUCGAGUUUAGGAUGAGGGUUCAUGUCUUUGGCAACAGCCCUUCGCCUGCUGUAGCAACCAUGGGACUCAGAAAGGCGGUUGAGUUAGCAGAAUCAAAGUAUGCAGACCAUGUUACCAAUUUUGUAAGAAAUAACUUUUAUGUGGAUGAUGGGCUAAUAUCCUGUCCUACCCCUGAGGAAGCCAUUCAUACUCUCAAGGACACUCAGAGUGCCUUGAAAGAAUUUGGUAAUCUCCGUCUUCAUAAAUUUGCCUCCAACAGUCUUGAGGUUAUGUCAGCCUUUCCAAGUGAAGACCUAGCGACUAAUCUGAAAGACUUGGAUUUACAUGGUGAGGAGAAGCCACUUCAACGUAGCCUUGGUCUUAGCUGGGAUGUCAACAGCGACACCUUUCUGUUCCAACUUUCAAAAGACAAUAAACCUGCCACACGAAGAGGUUUACUUUCAACUGUUAAUGGCAUCUACGACCCUCUAGGCUUUUUAGCCCCAGUAACUAUUUAUGGUAAAUUAUUGCUAAGGAAACUCAUAGCACAGACUCAAAACUGGGAUGAGCCACUCUCAGACGAAAUGGAAUCAAUAUGGAAUUCCUGGAAAGACACUCUAGGCUCACUUGAAGACUUGAGGAUUCAACGCACAUAUGUGACAGAUCUCAGUAGAGCUGUGACGAAGGAACUUCAGGUGUUUAGCGACGCCUCUGAAAAAGCCAUAGCAGCUGUCAUUUAUUUGCAUACAACAGAUAGCGAAGGACGGUGUAAGCUUGGAUUUGUUCUGGGCAAGGCCAAAGUUGCACCCAUUAGUGGACACACUAUCCCACGACUGGAAUUGUGUGCAUCUGUGUUAGCAGUAGAGAUUGCCCAAUUCGUCCUUGAACACCUUGACAUUCAUAUAGUAUGGUGCGCUGUUCAUGUCAUCUUCUGUAGCCGAUGAUUAUUAACUGUAAUUGUCUUGAUAUAUGAAUUUAGUGAAUUGAAUUGGUAAUUCAUGUUCAUGAGCCAUUUGAUUAGUGAUGUGGAAAUGGGAUUUGUUGUAUGUCAAGUAUUGUAGUACACGGAUUCAGGUUUGAGAAAUUUUUGUAUGGAAAGCAGUAUUUGUCAAAAACUUAAUUUGUUUUUUUUUUUAAUUCAUUGUAGCUUUUUACCACAUUUACGCUGACAAACUGUGUAUGACUCCACACAACGGUGAACGAGCACCACGUGUAAUUGUGUGCACAUGUCACAUUGAUGGUUAAUUGUCUGUUAAAAUAAACUUUCAAACGCUGA